CCUUCAAUUGAUUCAUAUUAUUCAGUAUAAUUAUCAAAAUGCUUCUCACAAACGCCGCCCUCGUCACUGGCCUCCUUGCCGGAAGCUCUUACGCUGGCUCCAUCCCCGCCAACGUCAAGACCUUCUACGAUGGCAUCAAGAGCAAGGGAUCUUGCAGCAAGGCUCUCAAGUCAGGGUUCUAUGCUCUUGACGGUGGCGCGAAGGACUUCAGCUACUGUGGCGACCACAUGGCCGAUUACAACGUCCUCUACAUUCAGGGAAAGAAUGGCCAGCUCGCCGAUAUGGAUAUUGACUGUGACGGCAUCAUCAAGAGCCCAUACAGCGAUGGCAGAUGCGAGGCUUCGCAAGACACCCAGCCCCAGUCUUCAUAUAUUGAGCAGAUUGCUAGAUACAACGUCGGAAUUAAAGAUGUCGACUCUUAUAUCCACUCUUACGUUGUUCUCGGAAACUAUGCCGACCAAGGGAAACCUGGGUACACCACUUUUCACCCAACCGAUUACGGAAUCGAGCCUCUCAGCAUCGUCGCCGUUGUCUGCAACAACCAGCUGUUCUACGGAGUCUGGGCUGACCAGAAUGGCGAUGAUGGACCACCUAUGGUUGGCGAGGCUUCCCUCGCUAUUGCCACCCUCUGCUUCGGCAAGGACAAAGUCGAUGGCGAUAACGGACACAGCGAGCUGGAUGUCCUCUACAUUGCCUUCCCCGGCUCUGAUGCCGUCCCUGGUGCCAAGGGUGCCAACUGGAAGGCCUCAACCGCCAAGGCCUUUCAGGACAGCUUGACUGCUCAGGGCAACAAGCUCAUCCAGCGUAUUGGAGGCGGCGGCGGUCCCGGUCCCGGACCAUCGCCAACCACUACUGGCGGCAGCGUCCCAGUUCCGACCUGCGCCUGGGCGGGACACUGCAAGGGAGCUAGCUGCAAGACGAACGAUGACUGCUCUGAUCCUUGGGCAUGCGUCAGCGGCAAGUGCGACACUGACAACAGCGGCCCAGCUCCAUCUCCAGUUCCGACCUGCGCCUGGGCGGGACACUGCAAGGGAGCUAGCUGCAAGACGAACGAUGACUGCUCUGAUCCUUGGGCAUGCGUCAGCGGCAAGUGCGACACUGACAACAGCGGCCCAGCUCCAGCUCCAGUUCCGACCUGCGCCUGGGCGGGACACUGCAAGGGAACUAGCUGCAAGACGAACGAUGACUGCUCUGAUCCUUGGGCCUGCGUCAGCGGCAAGUGCGCGUAGAGUUAUGUAUAUAUUUGUGAUGAGAUAUUUAGGAUAUUUAAUAUAUAUGGAUUUUUUGGCGAUCAAAAGGCAAACCACCCUCUGAACCAAUGUGAUAUGACACGUACUAAAGGGUUGAAGGGCUGCUGCACGUUGGAUCUUGUAAAGUUUUAG